AUGGCCCUUCCACAAUCCGCCCCUGAUGCCCAAAGUCCUGCUGAAGUGAUCAAAACUCCACAAUCCCGUUCAGAGAAGCCGAGCGGAAAGAAAAAGCAAGAAGUAUUGAGCGCCACUCGGACGUCUCCUGAACCAGCACCGUCUCAUGAACCAGCCUCGAUCGAAGAGCCCGCCGCCGAAGGGCCCGCCGCCGAAGAGCAAAUCUAUGAACCACUUGUCAAGAGUUGUUUUUACAUUCAAGUCUCCGCGAAGCAUUUGAUAUUUUCGUCUUCGGUAUUCAAAAGCAUACUCACCGGCGAAAGCUGGGACAUCGAAGCCUUCUUGAUUCUUCUUCAUGCUAUUCAUAACAAAUACCACCACAUACCGCGAAAGCUCACCCUUGAGAUGCUCGCCAAAGUUGCUGUCAUAGCGGAAUACUAUGAAUGCAAAGAAGCUGUGUACAUCAUGACAGAUGUAUGGAUCAAUAAUCUGGAGGAAAAGAUUCCUACGACAUAUUCUCGGGAUUUGAUUUUGUGGUUAUGGGUUUCCUGGUUUUUCCAGCUCCGUUCCCAGUUCAGAGAAAUAACAUCCACUGUUAUGUCACGGAGUGGAAAUUUGAUUAGUGGUUGGGGGCUUCCGAUCUCUGAUAGGGUCAUCGGAUUAAUGAACCAACGGAGACAGGAAGCUAUCAAUGACUUGGUUUUCCUCCUUCAUCAAACACGCGAGGCCUUCCUGAGCGGCAGUCGAGGCUGUGGCUUUGAGUGCAGCUCAAUCAUGUAUGGAGCUCUUACGAUGGAGAUGCAGUCAAAUAAUCUUCUUUCACCGAAGCCUGCGGCUCCUUUUCCGAAUCUGAAUUACAAAUCUCUCACACGGAAGAUAUCGUUGUUUACAUCACCAAUAUGGUCUGAGUCCUUCACUUCUUCGAAACGUAGGACCAUCUACCCCCACGAAUGUUCCGACUCAGACUUCGAAUCCCUAUUCCCGAACUUGCACGACUCGAUUGAAGGUUUGGACCUAGAUAGCCUUGAUUACUUGUAG